AACAUGGCGGCGUCCUUGACAGGCAUGUUUUGAUUCUGGUGGCCCUCAAAUUGCACCAAUGUGGCAUUUCAACCCUUUUGCAGCGCCACUAAACAAUUAAUAGAGGGCCGAAAUGGAAAGACGAGAGUUCGUAGCGUCACUGAUGGGUGGAGGGUGCGCGGGAAUGUGUGUGGAUCUGACCCUCUUCCCCCUGGACACCAUUAAGACCAGACUGCAAAGUCAGCAGGGCUUCUACAAGGCCGGGGGCUUCAGGGGCAUCUAUGCUGGGGUCCCAUCUGCUGCAGUCGGGGCCUUUCCAAAUGCUGCUGCGUUCUUCGUCACCUACGAGAGUGUGAAGUCUCUGUGCGGUGCUAACGGAGGAGCGGCUCUGCAUGUGGCACCUGCUGCUCACAUGCUGGCGGCAUCCAUGGGAGAAAUAGUGGCGUGUUUGAUCCGCGUCCCCACAGAGGUGGUGAAGCAGAGAACGCAGGCGACGCCGGCGUCCUCCAGCUACUCCAUGCUGCUGGCCACUCUCAAAGCUGAGGGCGUCCGGGGGCUCUACCGAGGCUAUGGCAGCACAGUUCUCCGAGAGAUCCCGUUUUCUCUGGUGCAGUUUCCACUCUGGGAGUAUUUUAAGAGUCUGUGGUCGCAGAGGGAAGGUCAUACUCUCCACUCUUGGCAGUCGGCGGUGUGCGGAGCUUUUGCAGGUGCCAUCGCUGCCUUCGUCACCACGCCUCUGGAUGUGGCCAAGACCAGGAUCAUGCUGGCCAAGGCCGGCUCCUCGACAGCAAGCGGGAAAAUCCUGCCGGUGCUCUACCACGUGUGGCGGACCCGGGGACUCGCGGGGCUGUUUGCGGGCAGCGUUCCCAGAAUGACCUUCAUCAGCGCGGGAGGUUUUAUUUUCCUGGGCGCCUACGAGAAGGUUCGCCGCACGCUGCUGACUCAGCAGGACGCCCGAGGAACCCGUGGAGAGACCACCUGAGGAGGAUCCACCGCCAGUCAGCAUUUCUGUCCCGCACAUAUCGCAGCGGUCGUCUUUAUUUAUUUCAUCUUUUCUGUUGAAAUAUUUGAUUCUCCAUUGCAAAAAAACAUCUUCACCUCAAGAGUGUUUCCUUUUUAAAUUAAAGAUGUGUUUGUAAAAAAAAAAAAGAUGUCAGUUUACAUGAUUCAAAUUCAUGACAGAUCUGAUGUGUCAAAGACAGCACAGUGGUGCUCCAGGUCACUGGGGUCUCCUCCCAGUUCGACUCCUCACU